AAGAAUUUUCGCCACCGGCAGUUCUUCGCGGGCUCUGUAGUCUGAUGAACUUCUGUUUGCGCCGGCUACCGUCCACUUACAAGAAAUGCUUUCCAAAUAAAUCGGAAAUUCAAAUUUUCAUUCUUCCCAUCAAACGGCGUUCUCAACGAUUUCGAAACCGAACCCUUUUCGAUGGUUUUGUUGGUGGGCACCGCUCUUCCACUCACUUCUAUGGCCUAUCUUGCCGCUCUCGGAAGCCGAGUCCAAAUUCAACUCAGAAGCUCUGCAUUUUCUAUUUCCAGAAAAGGGUUUUCUCCCUUUCGACGAAUUGCCCAAGCACGCCUUCAAUCCGUUUCUGCUGCUGAGUUUGAUCGGGAGACGUUGCCCUCCAAUGAAUCAGAAAUCAUAUUUAUAGGUACAGGUACCAGCGAGGGAAUCCCGCGAGUGAGUUGCCUGACUAAUCCUGUAAAGAAAUGCCCGGUAUGCUUCAAAGCUGCAGAACCGGGAAAUAAGAACAGGCGGCUUAAUACCAGUAUCCUAGUUCGAUAUCCUGGACCCUCUGGAAGUCGUAACAUUCUUAUAGAUGUUGGAAAGUUUUUCUACCACAGUGCUCUUCGAUGGUUUCCAGCAUUCGGGAUAAGAACAAUUGAUGCGGUUAUUAUUACUCAUUCUCAUGCUGAUGCAAUUGGAGGUCUAGAUGAUCUUCGUGAUUGGACAAACAAUGUCCAGCCCUCUGUUCCAAUUUAUGUGGCUCAGCGUGAUUUUGAGGUGAUGAAGAAGACUCAUUACUAUUUGGUGGACACAAGUGUGAUCUUACCCGGUGCUGCGGUCUCAGAGUUGCAGUUCAAUAUCAUACCUGGGGAGCCUUUUGUAGUCCAUGAUUUGAAGGUGACCCCUUUACCAGUGUGGCAUGGUCGUGGCUACCGUUCGCUGGGUUUUCGAUUUGGAAAUGUUUGUUACAUUAGUGAUGUUAGUGAAAUACCUGAAGAAACUUAUCCACUGUUGAAAGAUUGUGAAAUCCUCAUUCUGGAUGCUUUACGGCCUGAUCGAUCUUCCUCCACCCACUUUGGACUUCCAAGAGCUUUAGAAGAAGUAAGGAAAAUUCAACCAAAGAGAACUUUUUUCACCGGUAUGAUGCAUCUAAUGGAUCACGAAGAGGUAAACAGUUAUCUGAUGAAAUUGAAGGAGACUGAAGGGGUGGACGCUCAACUAAGCUACGAUGGGCUUCGAAUACCAGUAACCCUCUAACUCUCCUUCUUCUUAACAUUUUUAUUACUGUUAGUCUCCAUUUUUUCACUCAUUUAACUAAAUCAAUAAAAAUGUUAUAUAUACACAAACAAAUACGACGUGAUUUGCUCUCAAAUCUUCUUUUCCCCUUUGUAACUUUUGGUUGGUCCCUAACCUUUUAGGCAUUUUUCAAUUUGAUCAUCUUUUUUUAGUAUAGUAAGCGGUGGAAGACUCGAACCUUCUACCGGUUGAACCUUUUGAUCUUCAAUGUGUUUGAAAUUCUCAAUUAGCUCAUUCCAUGAAACAUGGUUGGAAUUUGUUAUGAAAGAGGUAAUGCAUCAUUAAAUUUUUUGUUUAUUA